CUCUCCUUUCUGCCUCCGCCCUUCCUUGCUCGCUUGCUUCCUUCCAGCUGGUGAGGAUUGGAAGAGGAAGGCGGUGGCCGAGAAGGGACAUCCAGGCUUCCAGGAAGCCAAGCCUGUGGCCAUCGGAUCCCAGGAAGGAAAAAAGGAAGGAAGGACCAGGGAGUAGCCCAGCAAAGCCUGGCCUGGACGCUUAAAAACCCCUCUUUACCUUCUUCUUCCCACCGCCAUGCAUUGGGGACCUCCUCCUUAGAUCUCUUUUCCCUCCACUUCCUCCUCUCCUUUCCUUCCUGUUCCUUCCUCCCUCUUGGCUUGGCUGAGUAGGAAACUCCCUCCUUUGCUGACCCUUCUAUUGCCUUUAUUAUUUACCCCACCCUUUAAAAAAACCCCAAAGCCUUGUUUUUUCUUUCCCACCUUUGAGAAGCAAUACCAAUUUCUGCUUUUUUGACUUCAAAAUAUCUAAUCUUUGAAGCCAGUUUUUGGAAGGAAGGGAGGCGUGACAUUCCUGAUUCUUCUCUGGGUAUUAUAAUUAUACACUUUCUCUUUCUUGGGAUUUAUUUUUGGUGGAGUUUUGCUUGAAUCCUGGAUGUUCUUGUCUGAAUUAGACACUGCUGGGGAGGAAAAAACUCCAUUGUUGACCUAGGAGGAAACUUGUUGGCUUGUGCCUCUUUGACCUUAAAGAAAGCCGGAAGGAUAGGAGUGAACAUCUUGGACCCCAAAGGCAGGAAAACAACAAUAAUAAUCCACAUUCCUGGAGAGAGAGAUUACCCAUCUGGAAACCUUUUUUGGGGGAAACCAACAUCCUGGAUCUUGAUGUGGGCGAGACCACCGGCAUGCUUGACUUUGUGCCCCAUUUAGGUGCCAUGGGGCUUUGAGGCCGAGGAGAUCUCCCACUGGGAAGCGUGGAAAAGCCCCAAGACUGAAAAUAGAGGAGGACUUGCCCAGCAUAUGAAUGGCUGCCAAGGAUUAUGACCACUUGUUCAAACUACUCAUCAUUGGGGACUCGGGGGUUGGGAAAAGUAGCCUAUUACUCCGCUUUGCAGACAAUACCUUUUCUGGCAGCUACAUCACAACAAUUGGGGUAGAUUUCAAAAUUCGGACAUUAGUGAUAAAUGGGGAGCGUGUGAAACUGCAGAUUUGGGAUACUGCAGGACAGGAGCGUUUUCGAACCAUCACCUCCACGUAUUACCGUAACACUCACGGAGUCAUCAUUGUGUAUGAUGUGACAAAUGCAGAGUCCUUUGUGAAUGUCAAGCGUUGGCUGCACGAGAUCGGACAAAACUGUGACAGCGUCUGCAAGAUUUUGGUGGGUAACAAAUGCGAGGACCCAUCCCGGAAGCAGGUGGAAACAGCCGAUGCUCGGCGGUUCAGUGACCAGAUGGGAGUGCGGCUCUUUGAGACCAGUGCCAAGGAAAAUCUCAACGUUGAAGAGAUGUUCAAUGCCAUUACGGCCAUGGUGCUCCGAACCAAACAGGAAAACCUGGCACGUCUCCAACAGCAGAACGAAGUCGUCAAAAUCAACAAACCCAAAAAGAAACCUUCGGUGAAGAAAUGCUGCUGAAGGGGCAAUCUCUCUCCCUCUCUAUAUUCUUCCUCCUCCUCACCUCCUUCCCCUUGGUCCCCAAUUCUCCGAAAGAGCGGACUGUGGAAGACUGAAUGGAUUAAAAAAGUAGUUGCUGUCUGUUUUGUGUGUGCAUGGUGAGGAGUGGGGUGGGCACAGGAAUCUAUGUGAAUGAUGUCCCCAACAUAGGAAUUGCUCUCCUCCUGCCCCAGUCUCUGGAAAAACCGAGUUGUUAGUGUAGAAAAAUCUACAGAAACAUGGAGAUCUCUUCUUGGAGAUAGUGAGUCCUGUUCAUAGAAGGAGUGCUGAAUGGGGCAUGUUGAGGACCAGUAAAAAUAAACUACUGAAAUAAAUUGGAACAAGAUGAUGAGUAGAAGGAUGUGGGAUACAGAUGAGUUAGAGGUGUAGUUCUCUUCCCCCUAAAUCUUCAACCAUUUUGCCUGUGUAAACUCUUCUCAUUUUGUUUUACUUCUCACAUCCCUGUCCCGUGUUGCCAUGUUACUGCAACACGUGCACCCAUUGUUUGGGUUCCUUUUAAGGAGAUGUACAAGGUGGGUAUUGGCCAGGAGGCAAUAAUUCCCUGCUUUAGACCUAUACCUGUCACAGCAAAGUAUAAGCUGAAACUGGGUAAAUCCAACAGAAGAUGCCUCAACUUAGCAAUACUAGGAAUUUAUUGCCAUUUUCUUCACCUUGCUUGUGCUCAACAAUGGGGUUCAGGAGAUAAGACUUUGUGCCUGGGUUAGGAACUGGGGUGAUGUUCCUCUCCCAUCAUCCUCAAUAGGAUUGUCCCAUCUCUUCCUGGUCAACCCCAUAAGUCAUGCAGAGAAUAGCCAUGUGAAACAAUGUUCUAAGAGAGAGGUGCUUGAAGAAAGCAUCUCUUGGCAAUCUCUCCAUGCAACUUGUGCUUGGGCUGCUCUCCGUGUCUGCCCAUCCUUCCUUCCUGAAACUUAGGAACUAAUCAGAAGCAGGGAGGUGUCUGCUCCAAAUGAGGACCAUGAAACGAUCUCUGGGCCCCACCCUAUGAUUCAUUCCCCAAAGGGUGGGCACCAUAGGGGUCGAAACUCUCCUUCUGUUAUCUUUCAAUAUGGGGACCUUCUGACUGUGCAAUAUGUCGGCUUCAUGAAUUAUUUUAUAUACACACAAAUGAAUUAUGUACAUAAUUAAAACAUCUUGUUUUAACCCACUGCUAAUGGCAUUAAACAUUAAGGAGACACCACUAUUCAAUAAAGAAAUUUAGAUACAAA